AUGGCAAGCACCGACAGUAUUUCCCUCGUGGACAACACUGUCCCGCAGCAACCUUCAGGUCUGGAGUCCCCUGCACGAGCUUCCCCAGUUGGUCGCCAAGGCAGCCUGACCAAGCAUUUGAGUCAUGUGUCUGUAUCGGGGCAACUUGCAAAGAGGAAAUACGCCAAAUGGCAACCUGACAGACUCGGCGUGUCGACUACCAACACAGAAGCCUCCCCGAGUAGGGAGUCGUCUCGAGUGCGUGGGUCGAUAUCGGGCGCAAGUUCGGCUGCAGGACCGAGUGGACUCUCCUCAUUAAAUGAGAACGGAACAGGACCCGGAACAGAAUCCAGAGCAGGAGAUGGAGCAGGAGACGUCAAUACAGUCGACUUUGGUCUAUCGCAAGGCCUGAGCCACACAGACACUUCCCAAUCCGCCGGGUUAAACCAGGAAACAACCAACACCGAAGGCUCCAAGCCGCGCUCGGAGCUGGAUAUCCUAUAUGAAAACCAGCGCGGUACUUUCUUCUUCGGUGUCCCCCUUUACUCCCAUAGCUCACUCCUGAACUUCGAUCCCAGUGCUUGGAUGACACAGGACAAACGUGACAGCGCGGUCAACAUAACCAAUGCGCAACUGCCAGACCCUAGUUGGGAAUGGGCCUGGCCGGCAUGGUACGUGGACAUGUCUGGCGAUGUGGACGAACAGGGAUGGCAGUACGCCUUUUCAUUUGGCUCGUCGCAGUGGCACGGCACGCAUCCGUGGUUUCACUCUUUCGUCCGGCGAAGACGCUGGGUCCGGUUGAGGACCAAAAUUCCUGAGAGACAUCAUCGGGGCCGCACGGACUAUGAGCGCUCCCAUAUGCUCAACGAGGACUAUUUCACUAUUCAUUCUUCGAAGGUGAGGAGUCGUGACCAAAGCGUGGCUGGGAUGAGCCGCGUCGAGUCCGGAAUUUUGAACCGCGUCAGCACCAAGGUGGAUGAGCAGGUGCAUCUGGAGGAGAUUGGCGAUAUUCCAUCUCUGAUAUACGAGUUGAAACUUGCUUCAAUUGAUCGAGAGAAGAUCGAUGCGUUGAAGAAGUUUGUGCAGGAUGGAGGCGAGGAGUUAUAUUAUUUAAAUGACAAGAUCCCCGAGAUCAUGUCAAUGUUUCUAUUCCAGGCUUCACGCUGGCAAUUCGUGACCUACCUCGUCGACGUCAUCCACCAACUAUCCAAACAAAUCACCGAGUCUGACGACGAGACCGACCGGGCUCAACGCAAGAAAGACAAUCUUAUUCGGGCAGCAGAAAGCGCCCGGUGUCAUAUUACCGGCCCAGAGGUCUUUACCGAUAAACAAGGCGAGUCGGCGACAGACCUACUUGACCUUACUCCCGUGUCUAGACAUGACAUUCUGCUUUCGAAGCGAGCACAAGCUACUGAUGAGUCUUUACAUGCUCUCAAAGGCAAGGGUAUCAAGGGCAUUCCCAAGGCAGCUCAGGUUGGCCGUGAAUGGCACAUCUACUGA